AUGACGCGGCCAUCCGUCAACAUGACCUUCGACACUUCUCUGGUCGACACCAGAAACCCGAACACAUCCUUCUCGACGACUGAAUCAGAUCCCUCUGAGGCAGAUGCCAUGGCCACAGGGGGAACUUCCGUGCAGCUCGAUGUCGUCCCUACGCCACCUCUCAAGCCCUUCACACCUGUCCAGCACCUUCCCACUCAGGACGCCUACGAUUCGUGGGCUGCGGUGUACGAUACUGACGGCAACAUGCUGCAGGCAAUCGACGAUGUGGAGCUUUCCACCUUCCUACCUGAGUUUCUAGCAUCGGUGGAGUCCACUGCUGCAGACAAGACCAUAAAGCUGCUGGAUCUGGGCUGUGGCACGGGACGUAACACUGCGAAACUACUGAGUUAUCCAUGGAACCUCAGUCCCCACUCACCCAUUGAGGUGACGGCACUGGAUUUCUCCGCCGGGAUGCUGGGUGUAGCGAGGGAGAAAUUGGCGCCGUUGGAGAAGGACAAUGUGCGAUUACAGAUCAGCCAAGCAGAUUGCUUCCCUACGGUUGAAGAUAAGGAGGCGAGCCCGGUGCCCGCCGUGAGCGGUCUCUCGGCCGUGGACGGGGUCAUCAGUACGCUGGUGCUGGAGCAUGUCCCACUGGGGGACUACUUCGCUACGGUGGCGAGUCUGGUCAAGAAGGGUGGGUAUGCACUGGUGACGAACAUGCACAGCGAUAUGGGAAAGGUUUCCCAAGCAGGCUUUGUCAAUGCUGAGGGACUAAAGGUCAGGGGGACGAGUUUUGCGCACACAAACUCGGAGAUUGAGGACGCAGCGAUCGAAGCAGGAUUUGACCUCGUGAUUCUCAGGGACCAUAUAAUGACGAAGGAAGAUGUCGAGAGUGGCAGGGUGGGAGAGCGGGGGCUGAAGUGGGUUGGGGUUCGUGUCUGGUAUGGCCUGUUGCUUAGGAAACUGUGA